AGGUGACUCGGGCCUAAUCCGAGAUCAAGAGGAGCCCACAGAACACUGAGCGGCCAACAUCGGAAUCACGCCGAUGGACCUCAGUGAUACCCGGGCCAAGCUCGCGUCUUUCCCUUAAUUUUUGGGUGAGAAAGCUUUCAAAAAGGACGAGCAAGAGCGACGAAGAUGUCGUCGGCAGUCAUGAGGUCGUCGCGACUCGUUGCGCGCUCGCUGCGGCCUCCUGCAGCUGGCUUCCACCUCCGCUCAGUCGCCUCAUCGCCUCGCACGGUGCCUGAUGGCAGGCGGUUCCUGGCCACGCCUGCGUCGAACCGGCACGCGCCGUCGCUGGGCUCACAGUCGCUCAACAAGAGCCUCUUUGCGCCACUUGACUCGUUCUCAGCGCGCCACCUCGGCCCACGGUCGGCAGACGUCGAGUACAUGCUCCAGUCGCUGGGCUAUGACUCGCUCGAGAAGUUUGUCGACGACACGCUGCCAGCGUCGAUCAGGCUCACCGACGUCGAGGGCAAAGAGGAGCGGCUUCCUGCGCUGUCGGAGAGCGAGAUUGCGAGGAGAGGAAAGGACAUUGCGAGCAUGAAUACACUUGCAAAGAGCCUUAUCGGAAUGGGCUACCACAACACGAAUGUGCCCCCCGUCAUUCAGAGAAACAUCCUCGAAAACCCGGCCUGGUACACCAGCUAUACCCCUUACCAGCCCGAGAUUGCACAGGGUCGCCUGGAAUCGCUCAUCAACUACCAGACGAUGGUCAAGUCGCUGACGUCGCUCGACAUUGCCAAUGCCUCGCUCCUUGACGAAGGCACUGCGGCCGCUGAGGCCAUGGUCCUUGCUUUUAACCACGCACGAGGAAAGAAGAAGACCAUUCUCAUCGACCGGGGUGUGCUGCCCCAGACUGUGGCCGUCAUUCGUCAGCGAGCAAAGGGCUUCGGCAUCAAUGUCGUCCACACAGAGCUGCGAAACCCGCAGGGAACAAGGCUUCCCUACGGAGAGAGCAAUUCAGGCCCAGUCAAGAGAGAGGACGUCAUGGCUGUCCUGGUGCAAUAUCCCGACAUCGAUGGCCGCAUCACCGACUGGGAGGGACUCGCAAAGGAGAUUCACAACGAUGGUGGUCUCGUCAUUGCGGCGACGGACCUGCUUGCCCUGACAAUGAUCAAGCCCCCGGGCGAGUGGGGUGCCGACAUCGCUGUGGGCAAUGCUGCGCGCUUCGGCGUUCCGCCAGGCUACGGAGGCCCCCACGCUGCCUUUUUCGCGGUCAAGGAUGGCCUCAAGCGAAAGAUUCCUGGCAGGCUCGUUGGUAUCAGCAAGGACGCACAAGGGAAGCCCGCAUACAGGCUGGCUCUUCAGACGAGAGAGCAGCACAUUCGCAGAGACAAGGCCACCUCCAAUGUGUGCACAGCCCAGGCACUCUUGGCCAACAUGAGUGCCAUGUAUGCCGUUUACCACGGCCCCGAUGGGCUUCGACGAAUUGCAGCAAAGGUUCACGGCCUCACGAGGUUGCUCAAGCACUCGUUGACGAUGCUCGGCCUCCGCGUCAUUAACCGCGAUGGCGCCUUCUUCGACACACUCACUAUUGACCUCUCAACGUCGGGCGUGGGCGCUGUGCGCGUGCACUCGAUAGCGACCGAGUCGGGUCUGAAUCUGCGUAGGAUCAGCGAUUCCCGUGUCGGAGUUACGCUCGAUGAGACUGUUACCAUCGAAGAGCUCAACGACCUCGUCAACAUCUUCAGAACCGCAAAGGAGAGCGGCAAGGGGUCCGCAAAGCCGCAGGAGAGCGAGGGUGCUUCCAAGCCGACAGACCUGAUCAAGGUCGCCGAGUCGCUGGGCUUGAACGCAGAGAGCCUCGAGUCUCUCCAAGUCUCCACACCUGCGAAGGCGCUGCCAGCCGAUGUUCCCGAGUCUGCCGAGUCCCACAAGUCGCUGGCCAAGGCUGAAGGGCUGCCCGACGUGCUCGACUUUGCGCGGACGUCAAAGUACCUCACACAGCCUGUGUUCAGCUCCCACCGCAGCGAAACGCAGCUGCUUCGCUACAUCCACCUCCUCCAGUCAAAAGACCUCUCGUUGGUCCACGCCAUGAUCCCGCUGGGCAGCUGUACCAUGAAGCUCAACAGUACCUCGUCGAUGAUGCUCCUGUCCAAGCCUGAAUACCACGGCUUGCACCCGCUGUGUCCCGAAGACCAGGCAAGAGGAUUCGACGUUCUGAUCCGGGAGCUGGAACGCGACCUUUGUCUCUUGACUGGUUUCCCCGCCGUGAGCAUCCAGCCCAAUAGCGGUGCUCAGGGCGAAUUUGCCGGUCUUUCCGUCAUUCGGGCCUAUCUCGAGUCGCAGGGUCAAGGCGCGCGCGACGUCUGCCUGAUUCCCAACUCAGCCCACGGAACCAACCCGGCUAGUGCCAUCAUGGCCGGCAUGAAGGUCGUCGCCGUCAAGAACAAGGCAGACGGCAACCUCGACCUGGACGACCUGCGAGAAAAGGCUGAGGCCAACAAGGAACGUCUGGCUGCUUUCAUGGUCACCUACCCGAGCACGCACGGCGUAUUUGAGGAUGGUGUCCAGGAGGCCUGCGAGAUCAUCCACGCAAAUGGAGGACAAGUCUACAUGGACGGCGCCAAUAUGCAGGCCCAAGUUGGUCUCACGAACCCAGCCAUCAUUGGCGCAGAUGUGACGCACCUCAAUCUGCACAAGACCUUCUCGAUUCCCCACGGUGGUGGUGGCCCCGGUGUGGGACCGAUUUGCUGCGCAGAACACCUGGCACCUUACCUUCCCGGCCACCCGCUGUCCUCGACGGGAGGUGAGCGGGCCAUUGACCCCAUCUCGGCCGCACCAUUCGGAAGCGCAAGCAUCCUGACGAUCGCCUGGGCGUACAUCAAGAUGCUCGGCUGGGAAGGACUGCGAGCGUCGUCUGCCCUCUCGCUUCUCUCUGCCAACUACAUGGCUCAGCGUCUGGCGCCGCAUUACAAGUUGCGCUACGCUAAUGCUCAGGGCAGGGUUGCACACGAGUUCCUGCUUGAUCUUGCCGAAUUCCAAAAGUACGUCUCUGUCGGCGAUGUUGCAAAACGGCUCAGCGACUACGGCUUCCACGCGCCGACGUGCUCUUGGCCCAUCAGCACCGGCAUGCUCAUUGAGCCGACCGAGUCGGAGUCCAUGGUCGAGGUCGAGCGCUUCUGCAACGCCAUGAUCUCGAUCCGAAAGGAGAUCCAAGAGAUCGUCGAUGCCGGAUCGGCCGAGAACAACCUGCUGAAGAAUGCGCCGCACACCGUUGAGGUCCUCCUGGGCGACAAGUGGGAGCGACCUUACCCGAGAGAACGCGCAGCGUACCCAGUCGAGGGUCUCCGGGAGGCCAAAUUUUGGCCCGCAGCUUCGCGGGUGGACGAUGCGCAUGGCGACCUCAACCUCGUCUGCGAGUGCGGAAGCGUAGAUGACUACGCUUCUUGAGUGCCCUGCCGUAUUCUCGUCACAUUCUUAUCCCUUUUUUAAGCUCAACCUUUUUGAAGAAUGGGCGUGUUCAACAACAUGUCCCUUCCCUGUUUCUCCUGUCCUGCAUCGACAAUGGCUUCCCACCUCGCAUCUCUUCCCCCGCUGCGUUUCAACAAACCUUCUGUCUCUUCCCCCAUCCUGUCCUAUCACGCCAUGUAGUAUUAUAACAAUCUCUUUUUAACAAGGAGAAAGAAACAAAAGAAAUCCAACCAAGCUCCUCUGUAUCUAUUCAUGCUUGCGGGU